CACGAUGAGAAGAAUGGCAGCCCCCACAGAGAGAGCAAAUGUUGGAUUAGAUUUUCAUCAUUGUCCUGACUUAUCACGAUCACUAAGAGAAUGUUCAAAUUCUGGAUAUGACUUUGCAGCAUUUCCAAUGACUCAUCCCAAACACAUGAGAGAAUUUAUCGAAGGAAAAUCGGUAAAAAAGAAUGGAUUUACACGUUCUGAUUUACUGCUUACGAGUCAAGACUGGUCAACAUAUAUUGUUGGGAAGAUAUCACCAUGGAUAGAAAUGGACUCGGACCAAGAGAUCAUUCGUCGUAAUUCUGAAAAGGCACUUGAUCAAGAAUUCAAAUACGCCAGUUACUUGGCUCUACCAUCAGUAAUCGUCCCAUUAACAAGCGGCAGUUGUGUAAACCUAGCUCGCUACUUAUACCAUGUUCUGAUGACAGGGCUUACAAACCAGAUAUGGAUUCGAGUGCCAAUGAAAGCUGCCAAAACGGAGAUAAGUGAUGUUGUAGCUAACGUAGAUGUACCAGAAGAUCUUGCCUCCGUAGGACUUGAUACAUGGGAAUGGUGGAACAAGCUGCGUAGUGUCUGUGGCACCAACAAAUUUCUGGGUCUUGCGAUCGUCGUGCCAGCAGAUCUGCCCAGUGAGGAAGAGAUUGACCGGUGGCUCGGCGAACCCAUCAAAUGUGCCAUCUUGCCAACUUCGAUUUUUCUCACGAACAAGAAAGGAUUUCCGGUGCUGUCGAGAGCCCAUCAGAAGCUGGUGCACAGGUUGUUUAGGCUGGAUACACAGCUGAUGGUUAGUGGGAACACCAGGCAUGAGGAGCAGGGUUUCGUGUCCUACCAGCAGUAUCUGUCCUACAUUUACCAGGCAAUGCCUAAUCUCGAUCCUGUUGCAAGAUUUGCCAAGGGUUAUGAGGAUUACCUGCAGUCUCCAUUGCAGCCUCUCAUGGACAACCUAGAGUCGCAGACGUAUGAAAUAUUCGAGAAGGAUCCAGUGAAGUACAGUGAAUACCAGCGGGCGAUGCACCUUGCCAUAUUGGAUAGAGUCCCUGAAGAGGAGAAAGACAGUAAACACAUCGUCCUGAUGGUCGUCGGAGCGGGGAGAGGACCGCUCGUCAGCGCCGCCCUGGCGGCAGCGAAGAGCGCCGACCGCAAGGUGAACAUCUACGCCGUGGAGAAGAACCCGAACGCCGUCAUCACGCUGCUGCACAUGAAGAAUGAGUUGUGGGGCGACGCGGUGACGGUCGUCUCCAGCGACAUGCGCUCGUGGGAUGCGCCGGAGAAGGCAGACAUCCUCAUCAGUGAGCUGCUCGGCUCGUUCGGAGACAACGAGCUCUCGCCGGAGUGCCUCGACGGAGCGCAAAAGUUUCUCCGAGAUGAUGGUAUCAGCAUUCCUGAAUCGUAUACUUCCUACCUGAGCCCACUGCAGUCCUCAAAAAUCUACAAUGAAGUCAGGCAGUCAAGGCUUCUUAAUAAACCUCCAGAGACGGCGUUCGAGAUGCCGUACAUCGUGCGGCUGCACAACAAGCGCACCCGCAGUACUGUGCUCGUCAAAGCGCAGCCUCUCUUCACCUUCACACAUCCGAACAGAGAUUCUGUGAUUGAUAAUAGCCGAUACAGAUGCCUGAAGUUUGACAUUAGCAGCAACAACUGUAUUCUGCACGGCUUUGCGGGAUAUUUCGAAACGGUGCUCUACAAGGACAUCAUGCUCAGUAUUGUGCCGGAGACACACUCUGAUGGAAUGUUCAGCUGGUUCCCGGCUUUUUUCCCCAUUAGGGAGCCGAUGUAUCUCACGCAGGGCUGCACCAUCGACGUGCACUUCUGGCGGCUGGUGGAACAUCAGAAGGUGUGGUACGAGUGGUGCGUCACCAGCCCUCAGGUGACCGACAUACACAACCCGAACGCUCGCUCCUACACGAUCGGCCUGUGAUCCCGAGCACGCACCGUGGUGCGUCAUCGCCCGCAGGGGGAGCCACGAUUCCCCUGCUGCGCGUCGUCACUUGCAGGGGGAGCCAGGAUUCCCCCGCCGAGCGGUGCAAGGGGACUACGAGUACGUGAGAAUCUGUGAGAAACUUUAUGGAGGGAGGAUGGCACUGUAUUGGCUUCCACCUGCUCAGACGCGCAUCUUAGGCGUACGUCAGUGAGAUUAUCAUGCAGAAAUAGAUUGCAGAGGGCGCCAGUGGCUUUCUCAGCCCGGGAGUUUUGAUGCUACUCUGCCGAAAAGGGGAACCGUACCGUAUGGAAAUCAAGUCAUAUUUGUCAUCUUCUUAUUUUUCGUCCUUGACAAGUUCAAAAUGUUAUUAGAUAUUUUUUCACACGAA